CAGAGCCAGACGCAUAGGAAGAAUGCCAUUUAGUUGUGGAAAUCAGCUAGUCCAUCUCUGGAUCAUAACCUGACUGGCGCAUUAUUUACGUUGUACUCGAUGGGAGGUUGCGAGGCUAGCAGCAGAUGAUGCCACAGUUACGAUAAGAAUCUUCAAUCAAGCACAAUAAAGGAAACUACGUACUACCAAAGGACUACGUUGAUUCUGAAAUCAUCCACACGGUGCAAUUAAGUGUACACCACAAUGGACCAGGAGGCCGAAGCCAUUUUUGAGCAGGAAACCACGUUGGGUUUGCGAGUGUGGCAUCUAUUGUUUCUCUGCCUUGGAGCGGUGCUGGGAGUAGUUAUAAUGUUCUGCUGUUGCAUACGCUUCCGAAUUCCGCGCACCAAACAGGAAAUCGAAGCGGAUUACCAUCGGAAGAAAUUAACCAGAAAAUUUCGGGAACGAUUGGACUGCUUGAACAACACCGAAAUUGACGAGAUGGAUCUGAUGAAAGCUCUGGAACGCGUACGCGAAGAGUUUCUAGCAGAAAUGGAAAACACGAAAAGCAAAGAAGCCGAGCAAAGCAAGGAUAACCAUUCAAUUAAUGCAGUUUAUCAGUGCGUUUAAAUGGUCGGUGCGACUAGACAAAGUAAAUUUACCCGUGAAUGACGAAUUGCGAAGAGAGAUAAUAAAUGUGAAUACGAAAUCUACUAAAAUGAAAUGAAAUCAUUUCAAGGCGGCACUCCUUUAAAUAGGUUUGAAACAUUCGGGAAGGACUUGUCCAAAAAUGUAACAAGGUUUCCCUUUUCAUUUUACACGGACGAUCAAAAAUUGAAAAACAUGAACACCAUUUAGGAGAUUAAGUUUGAUAAACCCGUAAUAUCCAGCUACGGUUGAAAGUAUUAUCAAUCUUCAUUUGUUAUUUUUUGGUAUAUGUUGACACAGUGUAU